CGGCGGCUGCCGUGGGUCAAAGCCUGUCAUUCCGCGAAGCUGCCGGCAGCCAGCAUGGAGCCUGGGGAGCGCACGGAGACCGGGGGCUGCGCGGCGGAGGCCGGGCCCGUCUUCACGCUGGAGGAGGUGGGGAAGCGGAACUCCAGCCGUGAGGCCUGGCUGGUUAUCCACGGCCGCGUCUACGAUGUCACCCGCUUCCUGGAGGAGCAUCCAGGUGGAGAAGAGGUUUUGCUCGAACAAGCUGGUAGAGAUGCCACAGAGAGCUUUGAAGACGUUGGGCAUUCCACAGAUGCCAGGGAAAUGCUCAAGCAGUACUACAUAGGGGAGAUCCACCCGAAUCCAAGUAUGACAUCCUCAGGCCAAGCAAGUUUCUGGUCAACAUGGCUAAUCCCCAUCUUCGGAGCACUGGUCUUAGGUUUAAUGUAUCGCUAUUACAUGUUGGAUGGGAGAACCUCUUGAACUGACCUUGCUGGGACCUCAGAAAGCCCGAAAGAGAGGGUGUGAGAGAGUGCAUGCAUGCAACAUGUGGAGUUCUCCUUACCUUAACCCUUUUCUGCCUUGCUUUUAGCUUUGAGUCUGUCAAGUGAUGUUGAUAUC